CAUUCUCUUUCUAAUUCUAUCUAUCAUUAAUAAAUUCAAUGGCAGGCGGGAACUCCGUCACCGGCGGCAGGACAAGCGUAAGAGUAGUGGUAGCAGGUGACCGUCUCACCGGAAAAUCCAGUUUAAUAGCGGCGGCUGCUACCGAGACUUAUCCAGAGAACGUCCCUCCCGUUCUUCCUCCUACUCGCCUCCCCACCGAUUACUUCCCCGAUCGCAUCCCGAUCACCAUCGUCGACACAUCUCCGGCAUUGGAGAAUAGAGGGAAGCUUAUUGAAGAACUGAAGAAAGCCGACGUCGUUUUGUUAACUUAUUCGUGUGAUCAACCGCUGACGCUUACCCGUUUAAGAACUUUUUGGCUCGAGGAGUUACGGCGUUUGGAGGUGAAGGCGCCGGUUAUUGUGGUUGGUUGUAAGUUAGAUUUGCGCGAUGAGGCUGAGCCUGUUACCCUGGAGGAAGUUAUGGGACCAAUUAUGCAUCAGUUUAGAGAAAUUGAGACUUGCAUUGAAUGUUCUGCUGUCACACUUAUGCAGGUUCCGGAUGUUUUCUUUUAUGCUCAAAAAGCUGUGCUUAAUCCGACAGCUCCAUUGUUCGACCACGAAAAUCAAGCAUUGAAGCCUCGAUGUGAGAGGGCAUUGAAAAGGAUAUUUCAUCUAUGUGAUCAUGACAUGGAUGGUGCACUCAAUGACUUAGAGUUGAAUAACUUUCAGGUGAAAUGUUUUAACGCUCCAUUGCAACCUGCUGAAAUAGUGGGAGUGAGGAGUGUGGUACAAGAAAAGAAGAACGGCGGUGUCAAUGAACUGGGGCUUACCCUUGAAGGGUUUAUAUAUCUUCAUUCUCUUUUUAUUGAUAGAGGCCGAAUUGAAACUACUUGGAGUGUUUUGAGAACUUAUGGUUAUAAUGAUGAGUUAAAACUCAGAGAUGAUCUACUUCCUGUACCGAAUAAGCAUGCUCCUGAUCAGAGUAUAGAGUUGACUGUUGAAGCAGUAGAGUUUCUUCGUGGGAUUUUCCGAUUAUUUGACAUUGAUAACCGUGGAGCCCUACAACCUGCAGAGAUUGAUGAAUUGUUUUCAACUGCUCCAGAAAAUCCUUGGCUUGAGGCUCCUUACAAGGAUGCUGCAGAGACAACAACAGAGGGAAAUUUAACUCUUAAGGGCUUCUUAUCUAGUUGGGACCUUAUGACCCAUCUGGAUCCAAAGGGUAGUUUAUCAAACUUGAUAUAUGUUGGUUAUAGUGGAAAUCCUGAUUCAGCUCUUCGUGUUACUCGAAGAAGAAAAGUCAAUCGAAAGAAGCAACAAACAGAAAGAAAUGUCUUUCAUUGUGCAGUUUUUGGUGCCAAAAAGGCUGGAAAGUCCGCUCUCUUGCAUUCAUUUUUGGAAAGCAAGACUGAUGUCAGGUCGUUCUCAGCAAGUCAGAGUCUGCCAAUGGGUGAGCAGUAUGCGGCAAAUAUUGUUAACCAGCACGGGGGGAAUAAGAAGACUCUUGUUAUGCACGAGGUACCAGAAGAUGAAGUAAAGAUAUUUAUGGCAAAUAAAGAAUCUUUGGCUGCAUGUGAUGUUGCUGUAUUUGUCUACGACUGUUCGAAUGAAUUUUCAUGGAAAAGGUCAUGUGAAAUGCUAAUGGAGACAGCUAGGCAAGGUGAAGAAACUGGCCAUUUGUUGCCUUGCCUUCUUAUCGCGGCCAAGGAUGAUUUGGAUUCAUAUCCAAUGGCUGUACGUGAUUCACUUGCGGUUUGUCAGGAGUUGGGAAUUGAGGCCCCUAUUCCUGUGAGCUCAAGAACAGGAGAAAUGAACAAUGCGUUCUGCAGAAUUUUGGAGGCAGCUGAACGUCCUCAUGUAAAUAUUCCCGAAACCGAGUCCUGUAGGAAACAGAAAUACUUUCGUCACCUUGUCAGCCACUCUCUAUUGUUUAUGUCAGUUGGAGCUGCUUUCACUGUUGCUGGACUCGCAGCCUUCCGUGCCUACUCCGCAAGAAAGAAUUCUUCUAAUUAAUCGUUAAGCUCUUCAUCUACCUUGCAUAUUUCUUCGAAACAGAGUUUUUAAAAUUUUGCACUUUUGGAAUUCAAUUUUUUAAAUUGUGUAUAUAAACAAUUCUUCU